AUGUCGCAACCCAUGAGCAUGGCCGUGGACGGCCAUGGCGCUGCUGAAUUGGAUCAUGCGCCCCAGUAUGAUGUCGCCCUGCACGACAAGGAGGAGAAGCAGGAGGAUCGCAAGGGCAGUCCCAUCUAUCAGGACACCUUUGGUGAUGAGGAGUAUGCCGAGGUCAAGUACAAGGUCCUCAGCUGGUGGCAAUGUGGUUUCCUCAUGGUGGCCGAAACCGUGUCCUUAGGCAUCCUGUCGCUACCCGCCGUCGUCGGUGUCUUGGGUCUCGUCCCCGCUAUCAUCCUUCUGCUGGGACUGGGUCUCUUGGCCACCUACACCGGCUAUACCAUCGGUCAGUUCAGAUGGGCCUACCCGCACAUCCAAAACAUGGCCGAUGCCGGCGAGGUUCUUUUCGGCAGUUUCGGCCGUGAGUUCUUCGGCACCGGCCAACUGCUCCUCGUUGUCUUCAUCAUGGCCAGCCAUAUCUUGACCUUCACCGUGGCCAUGAACACGAUCACCGAGCACGGCACGUGCACGAUCGUGUUUGGUGUUGUCGGCGUGGUCAUCUCUUUCUUCUUGGCUCUGCCCCGAACCUCAGCCAAUGUGUCCUACCUGUCGGUGGCUUCAUUCAUUAGCGUCUUUUCUGCUGUCAUGAUCGUCAUGAUCGCUGUUGGCAUCCAGCGUCCCUACAAGGGUGCGCUCGAAGUCACCGUGGACACCAGUCUGUACAAGGCUUUCCUGGCCGUGUGCAACAUUGUCUUCUCUUUCUCGGGCCAUGUGGCUUUCUUCGGUUUCAUGUCCGAACUCAAGGAUCCGCGCGAUUAUCCUAAAUCGCUGUGUCUGCUGCAGGGCAUCGAUACGGUUCUCUACAUCGUCACCGCUGUGGUGAUCUACGUCUUUGCCGGACCCAACGUCACCUCCCCGGCGCUCGGUUCAGCCGGCCCGAUGAUCGCUAAGAUCGCCUAUGGCAUCGCUCUGCCGACGAUUAUCAUCGGCGGAGUCGUCAACGGCCAUGUGGCCUGUAAGUUCGUGUACGUGCGAAUCUUCCGCAACAGCGACCGCAUGCACAGCCGCGAUCUCGUGGCCACCGGCUCCUGGGUGGUCCUCAUGCUGGUCCUGUGGAUCGUGGCAUGGAUUAUCGCCGAGGCCAUUCCUGUCUUCAACGAUCUCCUCAGUUUGAUUGCUUCCCUUUUUGCCAGUUGGUUCACUUUUGGUUUCAGCGGCAUGUUCUGGCUGUACCUCAACAAAGACCGACUAUUCUCCUCCCCGAGAAAGAUCGCGUUGACCAUUCUCAAUGCGUUGAUCGUGGGUAUCGCCGCUUGCGUGUGUGGUCUUGGACUGUACGUCUCGGGACGCUCGUUACACGAAGACGCCAAUAGCUCGAGUUUCUCCUGUGCGAAUAAUGCCUGA